CUGAGAGGAGAGUGGGAGAGACUGAGAGCGAGUAGGAAGAAGAAAGAUAAGAGUUUGUCUGACUGUCAGCAGCAUCACAACUAGAUGCACUUUAACAGAUGCUACAUAAAGCUCGAAGUGACUAAAGAAAUUUGUGAAGAGCCACCCAACAGAUCCCCAGUCAGCAUGAUGCCAUGAGUCUCCUUUGAAUCCUAAACCAGUGUUACCAACAUAACUUUAUUUAGGAGACCAGUUGACGCCCCAAAGUACAUAAAAAAUGUUUUCUUACAAACUCUUAAAAAAUAUCUUUACACAAAUUUCCUUGAAGAUUGUGUAAAAAGCUUUUUUAUAGAGAAAACGUCAACCUCUAUUGUCACCAUGGCGAAUACAAGCUCCUUUUCUGUUCCAAAUUGCAAUGAACAAUCAUCAGCACCUGUUUUUAAAACACCUUCUCCUUUUUGGAAUCAGGAUUCUGUGUUCAGGAGACCGAAAAAUAUCAGAGAAUCCACAUCUGAUGUGACCGAUGGAUUUCCUCUCUAUCCUUACAGAUGUGAUUUUUCCUCUUUGAGAAACCCGGACAUGUCUUACGCUACAGGACUGAAUCAGAUCUACUCCUCAAUUAAUCCUAGCAGCACAUAUAUAACACCAUCAUCAAAACUCCUUGUGAGCGAUCCAAAUGCACUGCAUGGUAUUGGAAGGGGGACUUAUCACUGGAGUCACUUAGCUUCAGACGUAGAAGAUGGGUAUCGAAAUCUGCAUAACUCACAAAUCAAUCCGUUUUUAGCUUCAUAUUACUACAAAAAAGCUGUCAGGGAUGUUUUACAAAGAGAUGUUUCAAGUGAAAAAAUCGAAUCAGGUUUGCAAAACAAUAACAGACCGAGAGGAGACAAGUAUUGGUAUCACAGACCACAGAAGCAGGGUAUUUUACACAGCUUCAAAAAAGACAGCGCAAGGCAUUGUGUGAAAAAUAACCCACUUCUAGGUUCUCUUCUAUAUACAGAUACAAGGAAAAACAACCAGCACAAUCCCAAUUUGAACCACUUUAGUCCCGCCACACCUGUAUCAAAAAAGAAUGAUGAAAAUCAAACAAGAGAGGAGCUCCCCCUACUGGACUGGAGAGAAGAUGCAGACAAACACCAUAAUCACCAAACAAACACUAGUACACAACCAUCAUCUUCUGUCCUGUGUGUGCUCCAUCGGUUUGUAGAGGGUUCACUGGUGGAGCUUGAGAGCGGUCGACUAAAGCGUGUAGAGGAUUUACAGAUGGAGGAUUUGGAGCAGUGUGCUGAACUUCAUCCUGAGCUGAAACUGGAACGACUCACCGUGUUGAAGAUCAUGCCCUCACACAAACCUGCACUGUUAUUACACGUGAAGCUUGAACGGGACCAUUCACAGCAGUUGUCUUUGGAGGUGAAUGAGGGGUUGCCCUUUUUUGUAUGCGGGCGGGGCUGGUCAUCUUGCAACCCUCAACUCACAAAUCAAACCUGCAGAUUGCAGUGCCACCAGCUGAAGGUGGGAGAUAUCUGCUUGGCGCUGACACGUGACCCCGCCCCUGAGGUACAGCCUGCCAAUCAGAGUCCAGCUGAGAUGAGCAUGGAUCAUAGUGUGCCAAAGUGUGACAUCUACAAGAAAAGCACACUAUCAAGAAAGGACCAAUCACGAAAGAGACACUUGACAGCUCCUGAGCUCAGAGACAUUUCCAGGAUACACCAAAGCACAGAUUAAAGUCGCCAUGAAACGGAAGUAGCGAUUGCCUUAUUUUCCCCGUGGUGACGUAUAUCCGAAUGAAACGGCUUUUGAGAUGAAAUAAGGCAGGGCUGGAUUUGAAUUUGUCCAUCGAGAUCUGAUUGGAUCGUUUGAAGUUGGGUCGUGUUGCUAAUUGCUAAUCACUGCGAUCUUCUCCCGGACCCCGCCCACCUGCCAUACUUUUGACCGGAAGUGAAGAGAGAUCGUUUUGAGGAGGGGAGGAGAUUUGCAUUUUUGAUUAAAGAUUAUGAGCACACACGAAUUUUCAAAAAAAAAUGAAGCUCACAGAUAAGUCAUUUGUUAAUAAUACCACACUAUUAAAAAUACAUAUAUAGUUUUUCAUUUCAAUUUCAUUGCGACUUUAAAGGGACACCAUGAAACUUUUGGCCACUAGGGGGUGCUAGACACGUAUUUUUCACUUCUAGCGCCCCUAGAGCCCACAAGCGCCGCAGCACUGUCGCAAAGGAAAGGAACUGGCCAACCUUAAAACUAAACUAAAAACUAAACAUUUAAAAUGCUAAACGAUCAACAUUUUGAGACAACAGGGAGAAAC